AUGGCCGCAAUCAGCAACAUCGGUUUGCAAUUUCCACGGAGUUUAAACGAUUCAAAGGAGAAGAAUGUGAGGUUUCAUUCUGCAUGCAACGUUACUAACAUGUUUAAUAAACGAAGGGUUUUGUCAGUGACCGCAAGUUAUAGUGAUAGUCCUCGAAAAAUGGACACUGCGCACAGAGUGAAUAUGAAUGGAAUACACGUGGCUGAGGCUCCUCUACAAGCAGGAAAGUUGGCAAAAGAAAGUGCAGCAGAUGAAGCUAUUGUUACCAGCUUGCGUGGAAGGUUUGUGGAGGGUAAGUUUGUGUUUAGGCAAAUUUUUGUUAUCAGGUCUUAUGAAAUUGGACCAGAUAAAACUGCCACCAUGGAGACACUCAUGAAUUUUCUUCAGGAAACUGCUUUAAAUCAUGUCACUAGCUCUGGCAUCGGGGGAGAAGGUUUUGGAGCAACCCGCGAGAUGAGCCUUCGAAAACUCAUUUGGGUUGUUACUCGUAUUCAAGUUCAAGUACAGAAGUAUAGUAAAUGGGGAGACGAAAUUGAAGUUGAUACUUGGGUCGAUGCAGCAGGAAAGAAUGGAAUGCGAAGAGAUUGGAUAAUCAGGGAUCACUACACCAAAGAGAUCAUAACAAGAGCCACAAGCACAUGGGUGAUCAUGAAUAGACAAACAAGAAGACUUUCCAAGAUCCCUGAAGAGGUUAAACAAGAACUUAUUCCUUUCUACCUAAAUAGGCUUGCCGUUCCUACAGAAGAAGUAGACUGUGAGAAGAUAGACAAACUCACAGAUGACACAGCUGAGAGAAUCCGAUCGGGAUUGGCUCCAAGAUGGAAUGACAUGGAUGCUAACCAGCAUGUCAACAAUGUCAAGUACAUUGGAUGGAUUUUAGAGAGUGUGCCAAUUGAAGUUCUAGAACACUAUAAUAUGACAAGCAUGACUUUGGAGUAUCGACGUGAAUGUACCCAAUCAAAUAUUGUGGAAUCCAUGACGUGUCCAACAGCAAGAGUUUUUGAGUCCAAUAAUAAUUCCAAGAACAGAAAACCCGAUCUGCAAUACACACACUUGCUUCGCCUGCAACAUGAUAAAGCAGAUGUUGUCCGAGCCAGAACUGAGUGGAAUUUCAAGCAAAACCAAUAG